AUGGGCAAUAUUUCUGAGGCUGCUUACGAGGAAGCCCGGGCGAAGGCACGAGAGGCUCGUGUCAACUGCGGCUACGACCCUGCGACACUGGAGGCCGGGGAAGACGCUGAUGCUGAGGAGGAGUUUCCCGAAGACAAUGACGGUGAGGACGGCGGUGAUGACACCGAAUUGACUAACAACAAAGACGAGUAUGAGGCUAUGAUUGCAGGUCUAGAAUUGGCCAAAAGCCUGGGAGUUGAGACUGUCGAAGCAAAAUGCGAUUCACUCCUGGUAGUAAUCAGUGAAAGAAAGAUUGACGUUGUAGUGUUACUCGCUCCGCCUGGUGCUCGGAUGGUGGUUUCAGAUUUGGCGGCCGUGUUCGGCUCCGUGUUACUAGCGCCUAGGUUCCGCAUGGGUAGGCUGUGCCCUUUCUUUCAGAAAACCGCGCAGCAAGCUGCUGUCCCUUCACAAGGAUGGGAGUACGGGCCCAUAUAUAGGGUGAAUGCGCCGAAUGGGGCUGUGGUUACGCUAGGACAAUUGUCCACUACUCUCCUUCUUAGCCUUACACUUCCUCUUCUGCAUGGCUUUGGAUGUCGCCAUGUUUUCUCAAUUUUCUUAGCACAGUUCAGUAACCUUUUCCCCUUAUUUUCAGCAUCGGUCAAUCUUUACCCCUCUACCCCACCCCAACUUUGUUUUUAUUCAUUAUAUAUACAACCUUACAAAUCUUUUCUAAAGCCCCACCAAAACUUCUCUCUACCUCUUUGUACUACAACCAUGAGCAAAGUGGUUGCUUUUUCGCUUUUUCUUCUGUUUUUGUUCCCAAUUUUAGUUUCAUCCGAAUGUACGUGCGAUGAAGAUUCUGAGGACAGAAACAAAACAGAAGCGUUAAAAUACAAAUUGGUAGCCGUUGCUUCGAUCUUGUUAGCGGGCGCCAUAGGUGUAUCAAUUCCAAUUCUCGGCAAAAUAUUCCCGGCAUUACACCCAGAAAACAAUAUAUUUUUCUUCGUCAAAGCUUUCGCGGCGGGCGUGAUUCUCGCCACGGGUUUCGUUCACAUAUUGCCCGAUGCAUUCGAGAGCUUAUCUAGCCCUUGCCUUCCUGAAAAACCGUGGGGUGAUUUCCCGUUUGCUGGGUUUAUAGCAAUGGUUGCGGCAAUUGGGACAAUGAUGGUGGAUUUGGUAGCUAUGAGUUAUUUUAGGAGAUCUCAUUUAAAGAAACAAAAACCUGUGAAUAGUGAUGAAGAAAAAGAGAGUGGUGGUAUAAUUAAUCAGAAUAAUCAUGUUCAUGUACAUACUCAUUCAACUCAUGGACAUGCUCAUGGCUCGGUUGUGCCAUUAGAAGAGGGUUCUGAAUUGGAUUUAUCUCGUCGACGAGUUAUCUCACAGGUUUUGGAAUUGGGAAUUUUGGUCCACUCGGUGAUUAUUGGUGUAUCUUUGGGUGCCUCAGAAUCUCCCAAGACAAUUAAACCCCUUGUAGCGGCAUUAACUUUUCAUCAACUUUUUGAAGGCAUGGGUUUAGGAGGUUGCAUAUCUGAGGCAAGAUUCAAGGUAAGAAAAACAGCAAUAAUGGCAAUUUUCUUUUCCCUGACAACACCAAUGGGAAUUGCAAUUGGCUUUGGAAUAUCAACAGUGUACAGUGAGACAAGUCCAACAGCUCUCAUGGUUGAGGGCAUUUUCAAUUCAAUUGCUGCUGGAAUUUUGGUUUACAUGGCUUUAGUGGAUCUCCUUGCAGCAGAUUUUAUGAGCAGUAGAAUGCAAGAUAGUCCAAAACUUCAAAUUGGAGCUAACGUUUUUCUUCUUCUUGGGGCUGGUUGUAUGUCACUUUUGGCAAAGUGGGCCUAAACAAAAAAAAUCUAGAGUUAGAACAUAGGAAAUAAACAAGUUUUUUUUUUUAAUUCUUUUUGUAGUUUUUUUAGGUCCCUUAUUUUAGCUUUUUUGAUCUUCAGAGAAUGCCGGAAUUACAAAGAGUAGUUCAAAUUAUUUACAAGA